UCUUUUGCAAAAUCCUGAGGCAACUCCGAACAUUAGCGCCACAAUAUGGAACAGUAUUGUAAGUAAUAAUGACGAUAGUUCUGUACUUAAAGCUCCUGAUGCUAUCCAUAACGUUGCUGGCGAAGAAACAAUCCCACAACGUUUAAUGGGAAUUGCAUUCAAAGUUGAUCCGGAUUUUUCCAAUGUCGUUGCUGAAUUUUCUCAUGUAAUCCAAACAUUAUAUAAAUUUGCAAGAAAAGGAAAAUUUCCAUUAAAUCGUUAUAUAGUUAUCAGGGUCGUAAAAUCCUCUGAUGCAUUAUUAUCCAAUACCUUCGAUCAUGAUCCAAAAACUUUAUAUUGUUAUUUUGAUUUUGCAUCAGUUAUUGGUACUCCCGGAUGGGAAGAAUUUACACAAUUCAUGGCGCAGAGAUUUUUUGAUAAAUACAAAGCAAAGGAAUAUAUUCCAAAUGUAAACUCUUAUCUUUCUGGCAUUUUAUCAGCUCAAAUUAAACAAUUUGAGAAAGUGCGUGCAAAGUAUGACCCUG